AUGCAAAUACUAAAGAGAAGUGUGCCCCUUUUGUCCCGAUCUUUCCUUGCGAGAUCCUUCAAUCGUUUCAACUCCACCAAUGCUACGGCUCCUUUGAAUGCAUCAAAGUUGGUAAUUGAAAAAACAACUAAUCCUAAGCCAAAACUCCCAAAGAAUGAGUUGGUCUUCGGUAAAACAUUCACUGACCAUAUGUUGGAGGUGGAAUGGGAUACAGAGACUGGCUGGGGGAUACCAAAGAUCUCGCCAUACCACAAUUUAUCACUUGAUCCAUCAACUAUUGUAUUCCACUAUGCCUUCGAGUUAUUUGAAGGAAUGAAAGCAUACAGAGAUAAACAAGGAAAUAUUAGAACAUUUAGAGGGGACAAAAAUAUGGCAAGAAUGAAUAAGUCUGCAGAAAGAAUUGCUUUACCACAGUUCAACGGGGAAGAGUUGCAAAAAUUGAUUGAUCAAUUGCUAAUUCUUGAUCAAGAUUUUGUUCCAGAGGGAAAGGGAUACUCUUUAUACAUCAGGCCUACUUUGAUUGGAACGUCUGCCUCUUUAGGUGUCAGUACCCCAGAUAAAGCCUUAUUAUACGUCAUUGCAUCACCAGUUGGACCUUACUACUCAAGUGGAUUUAAGCCUGUCAGUUUGGAAGCUACUGACUACGCCGUCAGAGCAUGGCCAGGAGGUGUUGGGGACAAGAAAUUGGGAGCAAAUUAUGCGCCAUGUGUUUUGCCUCAAUUACAAGCAUCCAAGAGAGGAUUCCAUCAAAACUUGUGGUUAUUUGGAGACGAAGGAUUUAUUACCGAGGUUGGAACAAUGAAUGCAUUUUUUGUAUUCCAAGAUCCAGCUACCGGUAAAAAAGAGUUAGCGACUGCCCCCCUUGAUGGUACAAUCUUGGAAGGAGUAACCAGAGAUUCAAUUUUAGAAUUAGCUAGAACAAGAUUACCAAAAGAUGAGUGGGUCGUUUCGGAGAGAAAGUUCACAAUCCAUGAGGUUAAGGAAGCUGCCCAAAGGGGAAAUUUGGUAGAAGCAUUUGGUGCUGGUACCGCUGCUGUUGUUUCUCCUAUCAAAAAUAUUGGUUUUAGAGGUGAGAACAUUUCUGUCCCCGUGUCCCUUGGUAAUUCUGGAGAGUUGACAGCCCAAGUAGCUGAAUGGAUCAGAAAGAUUCAAUACGGUGAAGAAGAAUACAAGAACUGGUCUAGAGUAGCAAAAUAG